AUGAAGGAAGAAAUGGUUCAGACAGAGGAAGUGGCUGCUGAGAUUACUAGGAAGCUGGAGAAACAGGAGAAGAAAUUCUUAAAGAAGGAAAAGAAACGGCUGGUUGCACUUGUCCUCAUAUCUUUAGAAAACAGCAGUAGUACUCCAGAGGAGUGUGAAGGGACGAGUGAAGAACCCAAAAAGAAGAAAAAGCAAAAGCCCCAGGAGGUUCCUCAGGAGAAUGGAAUGGAAGACCCAUCUAUCUCUUUCUCCAAACCCAAGAAAAAGAAAUCUUUUUCCAAGGAGGAGUUGAUGAGUAGUGAUCUUGAAGAGACCGGUGGCAGCACCAGUCUUCCCAAAAGGAAGAAGUCUUCACCCAAGGAGGAAACAGUUAAUGACCCUGAAGAGGCAGGCCACAGAAGUGGCUCCAAGAAAAAGAGGAAAUUCUCCAAAGAGGAGCCAGUCAGCAGUGGGCCUGAAGAGGCAACUGGCAAGAGCAGCUCCAAGAAGAAGAAAAAGUUCCAUAAAGCAUCCCAGGAAGAUUAGAAUGCAAACGGACAUUCUCUGGGAGGUG